UGUCUUUACCCCAAGAUAGGCAAGAGAAUGUAUCCUUUCAAUGCAGUACAUGGAAAAUCAGAAUCAAGAAACCUGGACUCUGUCACUAACAAGCUGUGUGACCUUGAAAAUGUCACCUAACCUGUGUUUCAGAUUCAUGUGGCAUGAAAGGAUGACAGACUCCGAAGCGCCCCAGAGGCCCCCGCUGUGUUUUUUGUCUACAUUGCUUUCCCAGAAGGUUCCUGAGAAGUCAGAUGCUGUGCUUCGCUGCAUAAUAUCUGGUCAGCCCAAGCCAGAGAUAACUUGGUAUAAGAAUGGUCAAGCCAUAGAUGAGAGUGGCAUUGUUUCCAGCUAUGAAUUCUUUAAGAAUCACUAUAUUCAUGUGUUACAUCUCUCUUGCUGUACCAAAAAUGAUGCUGCUGUCUAUCAAAUCUCGGCUAAAAACUCUUUUGGAAUCAUCUGUUGUUCUGCUUCCGUUGAGGUUGAGUGCUCAUCAGAGAACCCACAACUGUCUCCUAACCUGGAAGAUGACAGGGACACAGGUUGGAAACAUGAAACAGGGACGUGUGAAGAAGAAAGUGCAAAUCAGAUUGAUGAGAAGGAACAUCUUUAUAAGGAAGAAGAAAGCAUCUCCCCAGGCACUCCCAGGUCCAACCAUUCACUCUCCCUCCAGUCACUGGGCAAUCUUGACAUUAGUGUGUCCAGUUCUGAAAAUCCCUUGGGUGUUAAAGGAACAAGGCACCCUGGAGAGGCUUAUGAUCCAAGUAACACAGAAGAAAUUGCAGAUUCGUUGCUUUUUCUUAAUUCAAGUCAUGUUUACGAAAAACAAGAUGAACUUUGCCACAAGACAGUGCAUUCCACAGCAUCCAAGUUCACGGGUGGUGGCCUGAACAAUGAUGGCCCUCAUGAUGAAGGCUUACACUCCAGUCAGCAAAAUCCCAAAGUACAGAAAUACAUUAGCCUCAGUCUCCCGCUGUCUGAGGCAACUGCACACAUUUACCCAGGUGACAAUGCCGUGGCCAAGAAACAACCCAGCCCACAGGUUUCCAGUGAAGACUCUGACAGUGACUAUGAACUUUGCCCAGAGAUAACCCUAACCUACACCGAGGAGUUUUCAGAUGAUGACCUGGAGUAUCUGGAAUGUUCCGAUGUUAUGACGGAUUACUCUAAUGCAGUUUGGCAUAGGAACCUGCUGGGGACUGAGCAUGUUUUUUUAUUAGAAAGCGAUGACGAAGAGAUGGAAUUCGGUGAGCAUUGCCUGGGUGGGUGUGAGCAUUUCCUCAGUGGAAUGGGUUGUGGACCUCAGGUGUCAGGUGACGCUGGGCCUAUGGUUGCCACUGCUGGCUUCUGUGGUCAUCACUCACAACCCCAAGAAGUUUCGGUGAGGAGUGGCAGAGCCUGCAAGCACGGUCCCUCAUCCCCACACACCGGGAUGACUCUCACUUUGGGACCUCACCAGGAUGGGAUGUCUUCAGUGACAGAACAGGGGAGAUGUAAACUCCCCACUGCUCCGGAGGCUGCUGAAAAUGAUUAUCCAGGAAUUCAAGGAGAAACCAGAGACAGCCACCAAGCAAGAGAGGAAUUUGCCAGUGACAAUCUGCUCAACAUGGAUGAAUCAGUAAGAGAGACAGAGAUGAAGCCCUUGUCUGGUGAGUCGGAAAACUCAGGGAUGAGCCAGUGUUGGGAGAUGGCAGCUGAGAAGAGAGUUGGGGGAAAGGACUUACGGAACGAGAGGGGUUCACAGAAACCUGCCAGGGUGAGGCAGCUGGGAAUGAAGGGAAAUCCCAAGAAGCCGAAUGCCAACCUGAGAGAAAAUACAACAGAAGGUACCCUUCAUCUCUGCUAUGCCAAAGAGUCUGCUAAGCACCCACUAACCCAGAGUGAUAAAAGGGAGACUUCUCACAGCACAGCAGCAGCGACUGGUCGGAAUUCCCAUGCUGAUGCAGGAGAAUGUGCUAUUUCAACCCAGGCAGAGCAAGAAGCAAAAACCCUUCAAACUUCAACAGACUCACUCUCCAAAGAAGGUAACACCAAUUGCAAGGGAGAAGGCAUGCAAGUUAAUUCUCUAUUUGAAACAAGCCAGGUUCCAGACUGGAGUGAUCAUCCUCAGGUACAAAUUCAGGAAACAGUCAGAGAGAGAAUCUCUUGCAGCCAGAUGCCAGCUUUCUCAGAGCCUGCUGGGGAGGAGUCCCCAUUCACUGGGACCACAACAAUUUCCUUCUCAAACUUAGGAGGGGUCCACAAGGAAAAUGCAUCAUUAGCUCAACACUUGGAGGUCAAACCCUGUACCUAUGACCCACAGCAGGAAGAAAAACAAGACAGAGAUGGCAACACACCUGACAAUUUCAGGGAAGACCUAAAACAUGAGCUGAGAACCUCAGAAGCCAAUGAUGAGAAUACGUUCCCAGGUGUGUUCUCAAGGCAUCUCCCCAAGGAUGCCCGUGCUGACUUCAGGGAGCCUGUGGCUGUCUCUGUUGCUUCCCCUGAAACCACAGAUACUGUCCUCACCCUGGAAAAUGUGUGUGAUGGGCCAAGGGACAGAGAAGCAGUGUGUGCAAUGGAGUGUUUUGAGGCUGGUGACCAAGGAACAUGUUUUGAUACCAUAGAUUCUCUUGUUGGGGCACCAGCUGAUAAAUAUUUGCCUCAAGAAAUUUGCUCUGUAGACUUGGAACUGGCAGAAGGUCAAAGAAAAGUAUCUGAUUUAUGUUCUCCUAAUGGCAAGACACUAGAAGUCCUUUUUCAGACACAAGUGUCUGAGACUUCAGUGUCUACGUACAAAAGCAGCAAGGACGGCGACUCAGUCAUGUCCCCUCUUUUUAUCAGUACUUUCACCUUGAACAUUUCACACACAGCUAGUGAAGGUGCCACAGAAGAAAAUCUAGCCAAGGUAGAGAAUUCCACCUGCCCACUGGCCUCCACAGUACAUGCUGGCCAGGAGUGGUCAAGCCCCAACAACUCAGGAAGGCUUGAGGAAACACAGCUCGUUUCUUCUGAGAACAAUCCUUUAGUGCAAUUUGAAGAAGGAGGUGACAAGAGCCCCAGUCCUAGUGCUGCAGACACCACAGACACCCCAGCCCGUUAUAGUUCAAUCGUGAGUUUUCCUUGGGAGAAGACAUCAACAUUAACUGCUAAUAAUGGGUUUCAAGUGACCAGGGAGACUGAGGACACAUCGACUGUUACCACUGCCACGAAAGUCCACCCAGCCAAGUACCUUGCUGUGUCAAUUCCUGAGGACAAGCAUGCAAGUGGCACUGAGGAGAGGUUCCCUCGUGCAUCCCAUGAAAAGGUUUCCCAAUUGCCUUCCCAAGUGCAGUUGGGUCAUAUUUUAAGUGGUGCUACCACCAAGUCUACAAAAGAGCUACUCUGCAUGGCACCCAGUGUGCCAGGAGUCCCACACCAUGUCCUGCAGCUCCCAGAGGGAGAGGAUUUCUUCAGUAAUUCCCCUCUUCAGGUUGACAACCUGUCUGGAGAUAAGAGCCAGACUGUGGAAACAGCAGACUUUAGGAGCCAUGAAGAGAAUUUCCAAGAAAGAGGAAGUGAAAUGAAGCAGGGGCUCCAGCAGCAGAGUCUGUCCCACCAGGGUUCUCUUUCUGCACCUGAUUUCCAAGAAAGUUUGCCUAUGACAUCUGCUGCACAAGAGGAAAUAAACUUGGUACCCUCGGCCCACUCACCAGCAAGCUCUAGGGAAGGAGCAGGGCAGCGCUCAGUUUGGGGGAUGAGGGUCUCCGUGGUGGCUGAAACUGCUGGGGAAGAAGAUAGUCAGGCUCUGAGCAAUGUUCCGUCUCUCUCUGAUAUCAUUUUGGAAGAGUCUAAAGAAUAUAGACCUGGAAAUCGGGAGGCAGGCAACAAGCUGAAGAUUAUAACUCUAGAGGCUUCCGCUUCUGCAAUCCGGCCACCAAGACAACGGACAAAUUCUGAGAGCAAGGCAUCAGACGGUGGUCCCGUAAUUUCUGACAAGGUCUGGGCUGUACCUGAUAGUCUAAAGGCAGAUACUGUUGUGCCUGAAUCGGCUCACAGUCCAGAGGAUGCUGACUCAGCCCUUGCUGAUAGCAGAGAAAGCCAUAAAGGCGAAAAGCCUGCCAUCAGUGCACACUGGAGAAGUCUUUCUUCCUGGGGUUUCAGCCAACCCAGACUCCUGGAGUCAUCCGUGGACCCUGUAGAUGGAAAGGAGUUAUGUGUCACAGAUUCACUGUCAGUGGCUUCUGAAACUGGAGGGAAGGAAAAUGUUAACAAUGUGAGUCAAGACCAGGAGGAAAAGCAACUCAAGAUGGAUCACACUGCCUUCUUUAAAAAGUUUCUGACCUGCUCUAAAAUCCUAGAGUCCUCUGUAGAUCCCAUUGAUGAGACAAGUGUGAUAGAGUACACCAGGGCUGGAAAACCAGAGCCCUCUGAAUCCACACCAGAGGGCGCCAGAGAAGGGAGUCAAUCAAAUGACGGAAAUGUGGGCCACGGAGCGGAAAUCCAGCCUGCCAUUUUGCAAGUUCCAUGUCUCCAGGGAACCAUUCUGACUGAAAAUAGAAUCAGCAGAAGCCAAGAAGGCAGUAUGAAGUGGGAGGCUGAACAAAGUCAACCUGAUGAGGCAAAAACUACCAUUUGGCAAGUCCUGCAACCCAGUGAAGGGGGUGAAAGAAUUCCAAGUGGAUGUAGGAUAGGCCAAAUACAAGAAAGCAGUGAUGGGAGCUUAGGGGAGGCUGAGCAAAGUAAAAAGGACAAAGCAGAAUUGAUUUCCCCCACUUCACCUCUUUCUAGCUGCCUUCCAAUAAUGACUCAUGCUUCUCUUGGGGUUGAUGCUCACGACUCCACAGGCCAAAUUCAUGACGUCCCUGAAAAUGACUUAGUUGAGCCCAGAAACCGUCAGUAUGUGUUUCCUGUUUCACAGAAAAGGGGAACUAUUGAGAAUGAGCGUGGGAAACCUUUGCCCUCUUCUCCUCAUCUUACCAGGUUGCCUUGUACUUCAUCUCCUGAAGGAAAUGUCACAAACUUUUUGAUAAGCCACAAAAUGGAGGAACCUAAAAUAGAGGUGCUUCAAACUGGGGAAACCAAACCCCCAAGCUCAUCUAGCUCCUCAGCAAAGACCUUGGCAUUCAUUUCAGGAGAAGAUGAGUUAGAGAAAGCCCCUAAGUUACUGCAGGAUCCACAUCCAAAGGGCACCCUACACUGUGUGAAAAAGUCCAGGGAGAGGGAGAAGUCACUGGAAGCCCAAGCUGGCAAAUCACCAGGGGCCCUCACAGCAGUGACGGGGUCAGAGGAGGUCAAAAGGAAGCCAGAAGCCCCAGGCAGUGGACAUUUAGCUGAGGGAGUAAAGAAGAAAAUUUUGUCCAAAGUGGCAGCCCUGAGGCUGAAACUGGAAGAAAAGGAAAAUGCCAGAAAGAACUCAGCCUUUCUCAAAAAGGUGCCCAAACUUAAAACAUCGUUAUCACGCACAGAAGAGAAACAAGACCCAAAAAAGCCAUCUUGCAAAGGAGAAGGAAGAGCUCCGGUAUUACUGAAAAAGAUCCAAGCUGAGAUGUUCCCUGAACACUCUGGAAAUGUAAAAUUAAGCUGCCAAUUUGCAGAAAUUCAUGAAGAUUCUACUAUCUGCUGGACAAAAGAUUCAAAGUCCAUAGCCCAAGUGCAGAGAAGUGCAGGGGACAACUCCACUGUUUCCUUUGCCAUCGUUCAAGCCAGUCUGAAGGACCAGGGCCUCUAUUACUGCUGCAUCAAGAACAGCUAUGGAAAAGUGACUGCUGAAUUUAACCUCACAGCUGAAGUUCUCAAACAACUGUCAAGUCGCCAGGAUACUAAAGGAUGCGAAGAGAUUGAAUUCAGCCAACUCAUCUUCAAAGAAGACUUCCUCCAUGACAGCUACUUUGGGGGCCGCCUGCGUGGUCAGAUCGCCACGGAGGAGCUGCACUUCGGAGAAGGGGUUCACCGCAAAGCCUUCCGCAGCACGGUGAUGCAUGGCCUCACGCCCGUCUUCAAACCUGGCCAUGCCUGUGUGCUUAAGGUGCACAAUGCCGUUGCCUAUGGGACCAGAAAUAAUGAUGAGCUCAUCCAAAGGAACUACAAGCUCGCUGCCCAGGAAUGCUAUGUUCAAAAUACUGCCAGGUAUUAUGCCAAGAUCUACGCUGCUGAAGCACAGCCUCUGGAAGGCUUUGGAGAAGUGCCUGAGAUCAUUCCUAUUUUUCUUAUCCAUCGGCCUGAGAACAAUAUCCCGUAUGCUACAGUGGAGGAGGAGCUGAUUGGAGAAUUUGUGAAGUAUUCCAUCAGGGAUGGGAAAGAAAUAAACUUCUUGAGAAGAGAAUCAGAAGCUGGUCAGAAGUGUUGCACCUUCCAGCACUGGGUGUACCAGAAAACAAGUGGCUGCCUCCUGGUGACGGACAUGCAGGGUGUAGGAAUGAAGCUAACUGACGUUGGCAUAGCAACGCUGGCUAAAGGAUUCCUAGGGCUGCCAUAACAAAUGACCAUGAACCAAGAGCUUCCGAUGACAGAAAUGGAUUGUCUCACAGUUCCGGGGGCUGGAAGACUGAAAUCAAGUUGCUGGCAGGGUUGGCUCCUUCUGCAGGAUCUGAGGGAGGGUCUGUUCCAUGCCCCUCCCCUGGCUUCCGGGUUUGCUGGCAAUCCUUGGAGUUCCUUGGCUGAUAGACGCAUCUCUCUAACCUCUGUCUCCAGCAUCACAUGGUAUUCCCCCUGUGUGUCUCUGUCUUUUGUCAUCUUCUUAUGAGAUACCAGUAACAGUGGAUUGAGGGCCUCCCCUGCUCCAGUGUGACCUCAUCUAAGAAAUUCCAUCUGUAAUGACGUGAUUUCCAAAUAAGGUCACAUUCUGAGGUUCUGGGAAGGACAUGACUUUGGGGAUGGGGUGGGCAAGGAUGCUACUCAACCCCCUACAUCUAUCCAACAUGAAAAGGAUAGUGAGUUUCUGCAAUGGUGAUCCUGUUGGAGAGAUGUCCUGCAGCUCCAGAUUCAAUCCUCGAGGCAGCGGGUGGCACAUGUCACAUGCAAGGUGGGUCACAGGCAGGGAAACCUCCAUUUCCCAUUGCUUGGGUAGAGGAGAGCUUGACGUCAUUGAAUUCAUGUCCUUUGAAUGAAUCUGGAAUAAUCAGUCUAAGAACACAAAGGGUGUUGCCCUAUUUUUCUUCUUGGGCAAGGGCAAUGGCCUUGGUGAUGGCUGUCAGUUUGUGAGAACAAUGGGUCAAAGCAGCAGCCCAACAUCCUGGCUGAGACAGAGACCAAAUUGAGAAAGGAGGAAGAUCUGUAAUUUCUGUAAAUGCUAGGUAGCAAAAAAAAAAAAAUCUGCACCUGAGAAAGCUAGGGAAAGGGAAGUUCAACAUUGUCUGACAGGCCAAGGUGAGGGCCGAAAAUUAGAGAAAGAGAUGUUCAGAAAUGUGAUGUGGAGACAAGAGUAGGACCAGGACUAGGUAGUGCUGAGGAUGGGGCUGGUCCCCAUUUAUUUGUUCCCUCAACAUUUAUUGAAAAGCCUCCCCUGGACAGGAGUUCCGGGCAUAAGGCAGUGUCCUGAGAGAGAUCAUAAUCUGUGGAGAGAAGAUGGGCACACGCACCCCUAACUCUGAGAGGGGUGUCUGGUUCUCAAGAAGAUGUAGGGAGGAGGUUGGACAGAUGUCUUCUCUUGGUGUGGAGAGAGCCCACUGCAGCUGGAGCUUGAAGGUAGCUAAGGGCUGAGAAAGCGUCUCCAAGACGGUGCAGGGCUGCCUUGGCUCUCUGGCCUCACCCUGCCCAGGAACAGCCAUCCGAGCCUCUGCUGCCUGACUCCAGCUUUUCUGCGAGGGUCUAAAGAAAGACGUUAAGUGGAGGUGGAGAAGGAGGCCGAUUCCUGAAAGAAGUCUACCCGGGGCUGCCCGGAAGUCAGGCUCCUUUGACCCAGCUCAGCUUUUUCCAUUCCAGAGGUGGAGACCGUUAGACAGGGGCUCUCUUUUUACCUGGCAUUAACACCUGCUGGCAAGCGAGUGCUUCAGGACCAAGCGGUGAUCUUUCUGGGAGGUCACAGUGUGAAUUAGUUAUUUUUCUCUGCAGAGACCAGAUGUUGUCUGAAUUUGAAAAGCCUCGAGGCAGUCCUAAUGCAAAUGACCGGAACAUGUUUCCAAUGCGCUCAGAGAAGGAAGCUGCCCCUGCCCACGCGUGGCAUUCCCAGUUUGAGGAGCUCAGAAGUUGGUGUGAAGCGACCCGGGUGCCCCCAGCGGCGGGUGGGAUUAAGCCAGCCAUCCUGUCUGAGGGAGCAGGCCGCGCUGGCCCCGCGUCCCACCAAGGAGAUAGGGCUCAGGCACACAGGAAACGCCGACAGGCUGACAUUUCAGCCUUUCGGGGAGCUCCUGCAGAGGAAGAUAGAGAUGUAAAAAUGAUCCCAUUAGCAGUAGAAGAUUUCCCACUCUGCUAGAUUCAACUCCUUUCUUUGGUUGACCUUUUCUUCAAUGAGAAAGCUUGGUUUUCAGAAACCAAGUCAUUUUUCACAAGGCCAUGGACCGUGGGCUCCCACGGGCAGAGCGGGUCCCCUGCCAGGAGGAGGAGGGGCAGCUGGAGUUGUAACAGACACGGCAGGGUGGAGCUGCAGGCUGCUGCUUUGGCUUCACAGAGGAAGGAAACCUUGCACGCCUUUAAGGGCUUAAAACCCUGCUUGGAUUGCAUAGGGAAAAAACUCUCCCCAUUCAGUCCAGGUGUGUUGACCUUUAUAGUUUCUACCAGCCAGUGAAGGAGGCCUGAUUUCCUGAAUCAUAUCAGCUACAGAAUCCGCAUCAGGCCAGCAUUACAGACUUCUUUUUUGCCAGUUUGCCUUUGGCCCUAUUAAGCAACCAUGCCAGCACUCUCUCCCACCGGGCAGGGCUAGUUUCGUGCAUGUGCAAUUUGUGCACAGGACCUCACACUCAGAAGGGCCCUGUGUUUGGUUUAAUGCUCUGUGCUUGUUGUCUUGAAAUUCUUAACACUUUUUGAACAAGGAGCCCCUGUUUUCGUUUAGUACUGGGGCCUACAUGUCACUGGUCCUGAAUGCCAGGCACCCUCUGCCCCUAUCCUUUACCUGGGAAAUCCCUCAGCUUUGACUCUCAGCUUCAAAGUCUCUUCCACAGGAAGCCCGCAUCCGUUGCAUGAGUUGUAAUGUUGAUAAUUAUAACAACGACAUGAUCAACAUCAUUUGACUCUUUACUGUGUUAUGCUCUGAGCUACAUGGUUUCUAUGGAUUUUCUCAUUUCAUCCCUUCAACAACCCUAUGGGCAUUAUUAUUAAUAUUAUUAUUAUUUUUUUUUGAGACGAAGUCUCACUCUGUCGCCAGGCUGG